AUGCCACAUCACUCGGAACCUUAUUUGGAUCGGUGCAUAAGUGAAGAUUGUGGAGCUCAAAAGUUCAACAUAUCCAAAGGAACUCACGUUCCGAUUUCAUACCGCAGUUCACUUUUUUGCAAGUAUCAAAACCUACAGGUAUUGAAAUAUAUGAGAUCGCUGUAUCUGGCCUUGACGACACCCCACACUGGAAGGUCCAUCUGCCGACUUGAAGUAAAAGACUUCAGUGUGCAAAAUAAAAGUGUUUCUAUGGAUAUAUAUGAUACCGAUUUGCAAGGACACUGCAUCCUGCGCGAGGGAGCAGUUUCCGUGGAGGUUGUUCAAGAUACCAAAACAAAGCAGUUUUCAACAAUACGAAUACCACGACGACUGGGUGAGGUCAGUCUUCCAAAAAAAGAAAACACAAGGCUGUUUUUUACGGAAUUCAACUGUUGUUUAAUUUUUAUUACAUCGUUCGACCACGUAUAUCUUUGCGAGCUCUUUGUUGUAUCCGACCUUACAAGCAAGAUGCACGACACGCCCUGCCACUCAAUUUAUCGGUUAUAUUGUGGGUAUGGACGGCCAACUCGAGACCCCUUCCCGGAGCCCCUCAACUCCUCAAGUGAUGCACUCUUUCUAAAAGAAGCGCAAAAACUUCGCUUGCUCAUAGAAGUCUCCAAGCCAUUAAAAGAAGACACGAUCUUUAUGAAUGAAUUUCAGAUGAUCGCGGAGGUUUUCUAUCACAUCCCAGAGGCUAACUUAUACGCCUCCAGCGAACACUCGGGGAAAAGGCUAUGUGGAGUGCAAAUUUACCAGGUCUUUCCCGAUUCCGCAAAUUUAGAUUUCCGGGUCAUCAGCUCCAGUAAAAAUUAUACAAUAGCGUCAUUAUCAUACUACAUAAAGCAGAUGAAUGCAUUUUCUCCAACGAUUAUCUCACUUGUGGACCAUCAAGUUCCCACAGACCACCUAUACAAUAGAGGAAGUGUUCGCCAGCGACGUGUACUGGUGUCCAAUUUCAGGAACUGCUACUUAUUAAAAUCAGUGAAUGAUGGAGCUAGGGAUCCUCUUUGUGAGUUGUUUCUUAAGAAUAACACGGAUCCCUAUCCUGGCCUGGAUGAGUGCUGGUUCAUGUUCCUGGCCUUUUGUGGCUAUCCUGCGGUUGUCUACAGUAAUACAAGUUGUUAUACUGAAAGUACAGAGUAA